AUGCUUGACAGCGGUUGUUUGGAUGCGGAUGUGGAGCAGGAGCAGGAGAAUGUGUGUGCCAUCUUUCCCGAUGUCGUGGAGCGGUUUCAACCACAGCUGUGCGAUGUCGUCUUGGCCAUGCUUCGCCAGUACCUCAGCGAGAACGUGGAGAGUGGAGACGAGUGCUUGUUCCCCCUCAUCGACUACGCUUUGAAUUUGGACAUUGCCGAUAUCGGUGCCGAUGAUGCAUGCCGCUCUCGUCCACACCGCUCGUCAUCUUCACCACCGCCAUCAUCAUCAUCAUCACUUGCACGGCCACGGCCAUCGCCCAAACUUGACACAGCGUUGCGAAGGGCCCUCAUUCAUAUUGACCACAUGCACAGUCCAAAGACGUAUUUUAAGUUCCUCCGCCAAGCUUGCGCGGAGACGACUGUCAUGGGCCAUCUUACCACCUGGCACAACGUAAUCUAUCUUGUGAUUGUAGGAGAACCGGCAGAUGUCGGGGAAUUUCUGAAGCGUUUGCGGACGCAGCACGUUGAUCUAGAUGCAAGAGGACGGCCAUGCAAGGAACGAAUGGCCAAGGUGCUUGUGGACGACGUUGUAGAUGAAAGCAACGAGCACACCGGUGCUGUGGUCGCACCCUCGCCAUCCUCAUCAUCAUCAUCACCAGCAUCGUCGAAAUCAUCGUCGUCAUCGGCGACGUCGGGGUGGAAGCAGCUGCACCACAUGAAUUCAACAGCGGCAGGGACCUUCACCCGCUCAUCGCACGCCUCCCAAGCGGCACUGCACGCCUACCUUCAGAGCAGCUACUGCAUCCAUCUCAGCACAGACUCCUGA